CAGGUCCAAUCCCGAGUCCGGGUGUUAAGUUGAGAAACUUGGGCUGUCUGACUGGGGGCUGUGGCACCACCACUGGGCAGCCGCAGGGGUAGCGGCGGCGGCAGCGGCAGUCGCAGCAGGAAGCCGGCCCCGGACACCCGGCUCCGCCGGACACCGAGUUGGGUCCCCGCGAGCCCAGCGCCCCAAGGCAAUCCGAGCAGCCGGGGUGUCCUUCGGGGACCCUCCGGGAGCCGCUCCGUCCCGAGCCGGCCUCGAGCGAGACGCGAUGGCCCUCCCCUCACCUGUGGGGCUGGACUGCUGCACCUGCUGCCUGGACCUGGCCAGCCGCAGCGGGCAGGAGGCUGGCGGCGGCAGCGAGGGCAGCGGGGGCGCCCCGGCCAGCCCCAGCGUGAGCAACUUUCGGCAGCUCCGGGAACAGCUGCUGUUCGCGAACCUGAACGCCGACAAGCUCAACCGGAUCAUGCGCCAGGACUCCCUGGAGCCGGUGGUCCGCGACCCCUGCUACCUGCUCAACGAGGGCAUCUGCAACCGCAACAUCGACCAGACCAUGCUGUCCAUUCUGCUCUUCUUCCACAGUGCCUCCGGAGCUACAGUCGUGGCCAUAGACAACAAGAUCGAGCAGGCCAUGGAUCUAGUGAAAAAUCACCUGAUGUACGCGGUUCGUGAAGAAGUGGAGAUCCUGAAAGAACAGAUCAAGGAGUUGGUGGAGAAGAAUUCCCAGCUGGAGCGGGAGAACAGCCUUCUCAAGACCCUGGCCAGCCCGGAACAACUGGAGAAAUUUGAGUCCCAGCUGAGCUCUGAUGAGCAGACCACCCCUGCUGCCACCAAUUCACCUGAGCAGGGCGCAGGCUCUGCUGUGUAAGUGGCUCUGUCCUGGGGGUGGGCAGAGCCACUGAACUUUUUUCUACCUAGCUCCUUAAGAAUAUGAUUUUUUUUUCAUCCCCAAGUAUCAUCUCAUGUGGAGAAUAGCCCAGCUGGCUUCAGCUGGGGCUGAGAUGUUCAAAGGGCACCCUCAUGGGCCCGCCCUAAAGCGUUUGACCUCUGAAGAAAGAGCUCUUUUUUGGAAGUUGAGUUACAUAAGGAGAUGAUACCCUAGCUCACACCCACUGGCCCUGGGACAACCAAGGCAAGUGCCUUGGCCGUUCCUGAAAGCAGAUCAGGGCUGUAUGCAUUGUUGUUGUGGUUCUUUUUCUCUCUUUCUUUUAUUUUUUUUUAACACAACCUGUUAAAAAAAAAAACGUGGAAACCAGCAGCAGUUAAGACAGGGUCAGACUUCGAAUGGCCCCAGCGGUUUUCUUAGCGAGUUCUGCUUUUUUUGCUCUGUGCCAGCAGACAGCGCUCACUUUUUGACACCCAUUCUGAUAUCUUGAAAGAGUGGAUCUUUACUUGUUGAAAUGUAGAAUGAUAUUUCAAUAAAGUUUUCUAAAUAGAAAA